GCAAACCAAGGAGAACGGAAAAAAAACUCAGAGAGGCAAAAGUCCGAAUCCAGUUUGGCAUUUAUACUCUUCCCGGCGGCAAAAAAUCCAUAAGGCUUUGCUUCUUCGUACUCUGCUUCAGUUUCAAUUGGUUGCGUAAUAAUCAAGCGCAAUUCUAUCUGUUGCAUCAGUGAUUUUUUGGGUUUGUGAAUUUGGGAGUGAUGAGUGGUGUUCCAAAGAGAUCUCACGAAGAGGGUGUUACUCAUCCAUCUUCUUCUUCUUCAGCAGCAAAAUACCCUCACGAGGAUUCUGGAUCUUACCCUAAAUCGCCGCAUCAGCCUGUUACGCCACCACCGGCUCAGGUUCAUCAUCACCAUCAACAACAACCCCAUCAGCAUCCCCAACCUCAAUCUCAACCUCACCUCCACACGCUUCCUCAUCCCCAUUCUCAUUCUCACUCUCAUUCACCACUUGCUGCUGCUGCUGCUUCUGCUCCUUAUGAGGUUGAAUCUAGAACGGUGGUUAAGGUUGCGAGAAGUGAGCCUAGAGAUGGAGAGAGACGCUCUCCUCUCCCUCUUGUCUAUCGGUCUCCGUCCCUGCCCACUACUGUUUCUUCUAGUGAUCCUCAUUUGACUCACGCCCCUGUGCCCAUGGAACCGAGAGAUGGUACUAAGGAUGGUAGGGAAAUUAGGGUUGAGAACAGAGAAAAUAGGAGUGAUGGAAGAGAGAUUUAUGGUGAGACAAAGAGAGAGAUUCAGGGUCCUAAGAGUGACAGAGAUGUGAAGUUUGAUAGAUCAGUAGACGACUUUAGCGGAAAAGGUAAUACUGGAAGCUAUACUAGGAAUGAUGGGAGUGAGAUGUAUGGCGAGACUAAGAGGGAGAUUCAGGGCCCUAAGAGUGACAGGGAUGCCAAGUUUGAGCGUCCAGGGGAUGAUUUUAGCGGAAAAAGUAAUACCGGUAGCUAUACUAGGGAUACCAAAUUUGAUAGGGAGAAUCAGAAUUAUAAUGAACAAAAGGCGGAGAUUAAGAUGGAAAAGGACGGGCAUGCUCACUUGGCUUGGAAAGAGCAGAAGGAUUACCAUAGAGGCAAGAGAGUUGCUGAAGGUUCGACUGCAAAUGUGGAUCCGUGGGUUGUAUCCCGCGGUAAUCCGCAAGGCCCAACUGAGGUUGGGCCUAAAGAUCUCUCCGCGCCAGUGGAGGGGCCCCAGUUAGAGGGACGUGAAACCGUCGGAGAAAACAAGGUUGAUGCAAAAAACGAAGAUAGAUUUAAGGACAAAGAUAAGAAAAGAAAAGAGUUAAAGCAUCGAGAAUGGGGGGACCGAGAUAAGGAUAGAAAUGACCGUCGAGGAUCCGUGCUUAUUGGUAGUGUCAUGAGUGAACCCAAAGAGAUUGGAAGAGAAGAAAGAGAAUCCGAUAGGUGGGAACGGGAGAGGAUGGAGCAGAAAGAUCGAGAAAGGAAUAAAGAGAAAGAUAAAGAUCAUAUCAAAAGAGAGCCAAGGACUGGUGCUGAGAAAGAGAUCUCGCAGAAUGAGAAAGAGUUGGGAGAAGCAUCUGCCAAACCAUCAGAGCAGGAAUAUGUGGCACCAGAGCAGAAGAAGCAGAACGAACCGGAUAAUUGGGAAAAAGACGAAAGAGAAUCAAAGGAAAAAAGGAGAGAGAGGGAUGGUGGUGAUUCAGAGGCAGAAAGAGCUGAAAAGCGCAGCAGAAUCAGUGAAAAAGAAUCUGAAGAUGGGUGUUUGGAGGGUGAAGGAGCUACUGAGAGGGAAAAGGAUGCCUUCAAUUAUGGAGUUCAGCAGCGGAAGAGAGCGCUGAGACCGAGAGGCAGCCCACAAACCACAAACCGCGACCAUGUCCUCUCACGGAGUCAGGACAACGAUGGAGUACAAGGCAAGUCAGAGGUGUCGAUUGUUGUUUACAAAGUUGGCGAAUGUAUGCAAGAACUGAUUAAAUUGUGGAAAGAAUAUGAUUUGUCUCAUCCUGAUAAAAGCGGUGAUUUUGCAAAUAAUGGCCCCACUCUUGAAGUUAGGAUUCCAGCUGAGCAUGUUACUGCUACAAAUCGCCAAGUAAGAGGUGGCCAGCUAUGGGGAACAGAUAUAUACACAGACGAUUCCGAUCUUGUUGCUGUUCUCAUGCAUACAGGUUACUGUCGUCCCACAGCUUCUCCUCCUCCACCUACAAUGCAAGAGCUGCGCACUACUAUUAGAGUCUUGCCGUCACAAGAUUACUACACCUCCAAGCUAAGGAACAAUGUCCGUUCUCGAGCAUGGGGAGCUGGAAUCGGAUGCAGUUACAGAGUUGAGCGGUGCUAUAUACUGAAGAAAGGAGGUGGGACUAUUGAACUGGAACCUUCUCUUACACACUCCUCAACUGUGGAGCCAACACUUGCACCAAUGGCUGUUGAAAGAUCUAUGACCACCAGGGCUGCAGCUUCGAAUGCUCUGCGGCAACAAAGGUUUGUACGAGAAGUCACAAUACAAUACAAUCUCUGCAAUGAACCUUGGAUCAAAUAUAGCAUAAGCAUUGUUGCUGAUAAAGGUCUCAAGAAGCCACUUUUCACCUCUGCCCGCUUGAAGAAAGGAGAAGUUUUGUACUUAGAAACUCAUUCAUGCAGGUAUGAGCUCUGUUUCGCUGGAGAGAAAACCAUCAAAGCAAUCCAAGCCUCACAACAACAAUCAUCGCAUGAAGCUAUGGAGACGGAUAAUAAUAAUAACAAGUCACAGAACCAUCUGACAAACGGUGACAAAACAGAUUCAGACAACAGUUUAAUCGAUGUUUUCCGUUGGUCACGCUGUAAGAAACCUCUCCCGCAGAAGCUUAUGCGGUCUAUUGGGGUUCCACUCCCUGCAGAUCAUAUCGAGGUGUUGGAGGAGAAUCUUGAUUGGGAAGAUGUACAGUGGUCACAAACUGGUGUUUGGAUUGCUGGAAAAGAGUACACACUUGCUCGUGUUCAUUUUCUCUCGCCCAACUAAAAAAAACCUUUCAUGCUUUGCUUUUUUCUCACAAAACUUUUUAUAUUUUAUUUAUGAUUAGAGACUACAGUUACUUUGGCA